AUGGCAACUUCAGUUCGCUUAUCGCCGCAGGUACAGCGGCUGCAAACGAGUUCGCCAUAUGUUGAUAUCUACACCAGAGCUUUGCCCAAUCCUCUUCGCUCACGACCAACCGUGAAGCCCCUAGCGCCGAUAACACACUCUCAUUCGGAGCCAAAACGCUGGCAGAAUCCUGGCGGUUGGGGAGCGCGCCACAUGAACGAUAGAGCGCCGUUUACACUUUGGGACGAACAUAAUCGAGAAUUUCGACUCCCAACGCAGGAAGAGUCGGCUUGGAUCCGCAACAAAUUUGGGGAUGGAAGACGCGGGGCAUCCGGCUGGUUCAUGUGGAUUGAGACUAAUAGCCCACCACAGCCAGUACCUCUUACUGUCGGCUGCAUGCCAGUGUACUUUGUUGGGACUGGCGAAUCCCACUUUGAAAGCCUUCCUCGCGCCCCUUAUCCAAAUCCUCGGGUCCUGGACCCAUAUCCUGCGGCUUUGCGCUGGCCCAAGAUGCAAUUCCCAACAAAGGAACAAAGGAUUGCCAUGUUGGUCGCCCUGGCACCACUCGCGGAUGUGCGAGCAAUCCUCUAUUUGCCCAACUGGACAAUCGUGGAAUUGACACACGGAGAUGGCCGCAACUACAAGCCAAUGUCACUGCCGGGUGUUGUCGCAGGUCGGACAACCCUAUACCACCAUGAACCAGAGCCAUUCUAUAUGGCGAUGAAAGAUCAGAGCCGAAUGCGAGUAAUAGAUCCUCAACAGCACAUGGAUGCGAGUCAGCCUCUGCCCCAAGACGACGCAAACUAUCUCAGAGAUUCAUUCCUCACACCAGGCUGUCGCUUAGAGUGUGGGUUUGGCGAUCCAGGAUCCGCGAACGAAUUUGCGAAUGUUGCGACAACUUCGGGUGUGAGAAUGGUUAAUUCUCACGGUGAGUAUGCCCUGACAGUUGCAAAUCAUGGUUUCCUACUUUCAAAUAAAGUAUAUCACCCUCGCGCGACCGCCGACAAAAUCGGUGAAGUCUUCGAUAUAAGGCCUGAGCUUGACAUCUCCCUCGUCAGUCUAGCACCAGCGGCAGCUGAAAGCUACAAGAACAAUUCAUAUUUCCAAGCCGAGCCUCCUAGGUUUCUAUUGGGAGGUGACCAGAUCGAGCAGGGUACAUGGAGUGAGAUUGAUGGAAUGAGCUCAGGCCUAAUCACUGUGAUAGCGUAUGGAAUUAUGGAUAUGAAGCCAAAGCGCCCCCCGGGACAUCCACCAUUUGAUUUCAGAAAGUGGCAGGCUUAUACUAUCAGUUCGUUGUUUGGGGGUAUUAAUAGCGCUAUUUGCGAAGGUAUCUGUGGCGCACCUAUUUUGAACAAGCGAACAGCCUUUUACCGGCCCACGGGAAAGUCUUUGCAAGUCACAUUGCUUUCGCCUCUCAAGAGAAGAAGCUUUGCUUUAUCACCUAAGGGAACGCUCCGCAGACGCGAAAUUGCCAAAAUAUACGAGAUCGACUUGGCCGAGCUUCAUGCUCCCAAGAAAAUUGAGAUGCAACCUAGGGAGAUUGAAGCGGCCCCAGGAUCGCAACUCUCGGAGAUCCAGCAGUGGAUUCAAGAUCAGAUUGCGCAAACUCUUGCUCAGGACACUACCAGCUCAGAGAGUGACCAAGCCGCUCUAGGGAUGGAUUCGCUUCAAGUCGUCCGGCUUGCUCAGAUUCUGCAACAAGCUGGAAAUAAAUUGCAUGUGAGUACAGAGAGGGAGGAUUGGACUAGUGCCAUGAUCUACGAUCUGGAAAGUGUCCCAUUGCUGGCCCAGACUCUCUUUCAGCGCAUUCACGGGUCCACCCCUGCAACCGAUUCUCUUCAAGCCCAGUUCCUUGGCUCUGGUGGGUUGACUGUUGUCUUGACCGGUUCUACUGGUGAGUUGGGUAGCUAUAUCCUCAAUAUGCUAUUGCAGGAUCCAUCAAUCACGCAGAUAUAUUGCCUGAAUCCAACUGCGGAUGCAGCAGAGCGACAAGUUGCAAACUUUGACAAGAAGAACAUGUCUAGCACCUGGUUGACAGAAACAUCUCGAGUGCAGUUCUGGCUGAGCAGCCUAAGGGACGAAAACUUGGGCCUGACACCAGAGAAGUACAGUUUUCUCAAGAAGAACAUUGAUAUUGUUAUACACAAUGCCUGGCUUGUCAACUUCAACCAGCCAAUUGCCAGUUUUUGCGAGUCACAUCGUUGGCGUGCGAAGACUAUUGAAGUUGAUUGA